GUUCCCGCGCUCCCGGUGCGAUCCGUGGAUGUUUUGCUGUCGUUAAACCGGAGCGAGUCACUGCGAGUGAGAGGUUGCGCAGCUCGGUAGCCGGGUCCCUGCUGCCUUCGGUUGCUUUGGAAUUUGUUUGCCGGUCUGAGAAUGGAGACUGACUGCAAUCCUGUGGAGUUGCCCAAUAACAUGGGGUUUGAAGAAGAUUCAGAUUAUAGAGAUUUUGAAGGAACAGAUGUGAAAGAUAUGAGACUAGAAGCCGAAGCUGUUGUGAAUGAUGUUCUGUUUGCUGUCAGCAACAUGUUUGUCUCAAAAACCCUUCCUUGUGCUGAGGAUGUGGCAUAUAUCAAUGUGGAAACCAGGGAAAGGAACAGAUACUGCCUGGAACUCACCGAAGCAGGACUCAGGGUAGUGGGUUAUGAUUUUGACCAGACUGAUGACAGAUUGCAAACUCCGUACCAUGAAACUGUCUACUCCUUAUUGGACUCUCUCAGCCCUGCAUAUCGAGAGGUGUUUGGAAAUGCAUUACUACAAAGACUAGAAGCUUUGAAGAAAGAAAGUCAGUCAUGAUUUACCCAAAAGUAAAAGUUUAAUGCUAGAAUGAAUUCUUAGUAUGAGGCACAGAGAUCUUUUCUUGCAAACCCAAUUAAAAACAUCUUAAGCUUAAUUUCUUGCAUUAAUAUCUAAUUCAUGCUAGUACUACUGUAUAAAAUUUUGCUACAGUGGAUUCGCGUAUAUCACAGUGCUAUUAAAAGCCACUUAGAUAAAUUAUAAAAUUAAUAAACCUCUUCUGUUUUCUUCUUCGUUGUAGGUGAGCAAGUCAGUUGCUUCUUAAAACAGUCAAAAAAUUUGAUCUCUUCUCAAAGAGUUUUUAUCCAAAACUCUAAAAAAUUAUAUAGAGACUGUUAUAUAUACAAGUAGUAGUUCUUCAUGUGUGUAUUUACUGAUAAUUUUCAUAUCUGCUUUUUAAAAUAGAAGCUAACUACUUGCUCUACCCAGUUAAUGAAAAUAACUGGGAAAACUACUGUUUUGCAAAGAACAGAAUUUCAUUGGUUAUACAUAAAUCUGAAAAUUCUCAGCUUUGGUAACAAGAAAGAUGGUUCUUAAACAGUCGUGCAUUUCUUAUAUACUGACAGUAUCCAAGAUAAAAGCAAGGCUCAGUGUUAUUUGCUUUGUCCUUGUCUAUGGCAACCAGCAAACUGCAAUCUAUAAGUGAGGCAUACUGCUAAUGUAUGAAUGUAUUGUCUGAAUCGCAAAUGAGUUAAGCACAGAAUUAGGGUGUAAUGGGCUACAUUUCUUAGCGAUGAUGUUAUAUAUGCUGUAUGUAUAUGUAUGUUGUACUGUAACUAUGUGAGAGGUUUGGAAGACAUUUUAGCCUGUUUACUAUUCUGAAUGUGUUUACAUGAUGUACAGGAUAUACCCAAGAGUAUUUUUGCUUCAGCCUUUGAUUUCUAUAAUACAAAACUUUGGUACUCCUGUUUUUCAAAGUUUCUCUCUUUACUGUACAGCGCCCUCUCUUAACGAAUACUAAGUAAGCACUGUAAUGUUAAUUGUAUUGUAUUGGUUUGAAACCAAAGGCUAUAUGAAAUUUGCUAAGAUUAAUACAAGCUGGAAGCUAUAACUUGUAUUUUCUACUUAAAAACUGGUACAAAACUCUUUAUAAAUCUAUUGUUCUGCUGUAACUUUUCGAGUAUGUACUGAAUGGUAGGCUUUUUAAAAAUUGCAGCUGGUUAAAAAUACCAGUACUCUUGAAAUAACAUUCUGUGAUGUUCACACUUUUUGUAUUCUUGUAUUAUUCAGUAUUUGUGCAUCUUUGUUUAUCCUGCCAUUAUUCUGCCACGCUGUUGUGGUAAGUACAUGCAAUAGCUUUUUUUGGAGCCUCACUUAGGGAUACACCCGUUCUCAAAAAGUCACAGAUUAUUCCAGUGACUUCAGUAGAGCUAUAUUGACUUCUGCCUGCUAAGGAUUAGUCAUAUUAAUUUGAGAAGCCUAGUAGAGCUUCUGUAAUAGCUUUGGGGUAGUGAUGUACAACUAUGACUGACAAGAAUUAGUGAUUUUGUUUCCCAGAGCUUAAUUUUGUGUUUAUGUUAUUGUCUUUUUAGGUUGAAACUUCUGAUCUUAAUCUUCUGUCCUAGGGUAUGCUUCCUUGCUCUAAAAACUGUUCCACACAGGUCUGUGGCA